UAAUCCGGAUCGCUCAUUUCUGGAGGGAAGUCUGUGCGUGGUCUGUGUAGGCUUUGCUAUGGAAACUGGGCGGGAGGAAGACGACACCGCCACCGAACUCUUGAGCGACCGAUUCCGACUCUCCACCAUUUCUAUCGCUGAAGCUGAAGCGAAGAGAAACGGCAUGGAAAUCUCUGAACCCGUGAUGACCUGUGUCGCUGAAUUAGCGUUCAAAUAUACAACAGAACAGUUGGCAAAGGACCUUGAGUUAUUUGCUCAACAUGCUGGUAGGAAAUCUGUGAAUACGGAAGACGUCAUACUAUCAGCCCAUAGAAACGAGCAUCUCGCUGCCUCAUUAACAUCCUUCUGCAAUGAUCUAAAGACAAAAGAACCUCAAACUGAGAGGAAGCGGAAAAAGGCAUCGAAAAAGGAAGACAGAGAUAGAGGUGUAGUGCAUAUUAAUGACGCAUAAACCCAACUUCCACUGGACAGAUCUCUGGCUAACAAGGUUACAUACCAAUAUUACUAAAUAAUGACAAUAGUAGACAUUGCGUGUCAUUUCCUUCCUGUUUAUGGGUUGUACUACUUACUAAUGCCAUUUUUGCAUCGUAUGGGGUAUUACUCUGAUUUAAGGGAUAAGCUUGUGCAUCAUGGAAAUUCAUCAAGUGUUUCAGACGCAGGAAACAUAACUUUUGGUUAGUUUUAGGUGAUUGAGACUUACGAAGCAUGAGUUGAGUUUCACUGUUUAAUGGUGGUUAUCGUUGUGAACAAGAAAAGAGUUGGAAUCCCGAACAGUUGAAAACGUCGAUAAAUUGUUCUUUGUAAA